AUGUCGUCUGUUACUGAAAACGGAGAUGUUACUGCUGGAAAGCCAAAUGAAGAGAAAACAUAUAAAAAGACUGCAUCCUCAGCUAUUAAAGGUGCUAUCCAGCUGGGAAUAGGAUACACAGUAGGAAACCUUACAUCAAAACCCGACAGAGAUGUUCUUAUGCAAGACUUCUAUGUAGUGGAAAGUGUCUUCCUACCAAGUGAAGGGAGCAAUCUCACCCCUGCUCAUCAUUACCCUGACUUCAGAUUUAAGACGUAUGCACCUCUUGCCUUCCGCUAUUUCAGAGAACUUUUUGGUAUCAAGCCUGAUGAUUACUUGUACUCAAUCUGCAGUGAGCCUUUAAUUGAAUUAUCCAACCCAGGUGCCAGUGGGUCCCUAUUUUUUGUAACCAGUGAUGAUGAGUUCAUCAUCAAAACAGUUCAACACAAAGAGGCUGAGUUUCUUCAGAAGCUCUUGCCGGGUUAUUAUAUGAAUCUGAACCAGAAUCCAAGGACUCUUCUACCCAAAUUUUAUGGGCUGUACUGCGUUCAGUCAGGAGGCAUUAAUAUUAGAAUUGUUGUAAUGAACAAUGUUUUGCCACGAGCCUUGAAAAUGCAUUUCACAUAUGACUUGAAAGGCUCCACAUACAAACGGAGAGCAUCAAGAAAAGAGAGGGAGAAGUCCAACCCUACAUUCAAAGACUUGGAUUUCUUGCAAGACAUGCAUGAAGGGUUGUAUUUUGACUCUGAAACACAUGGUGCACUAAUGAAAACACUACAGCGGGAUUGUCGAGUUCUAGAAAGUUUUAAGAUCAUGGAUUACAGUCUGCUACUGGGAAUCCACAUACUGAACAGUAACAUGAAGGAGAAAGAGGGAGAGAGUUCCCAGAGUGCAUCGGAUGCGAAACGUCCUGGAGGGCAGAAAGUUCUCUAUUCCACAGCCAUGGAGUCUAUACAGGGCCCUGGGAAGUCAGGGGACUCUGUCACCACAGAGACAACAAACACAAUGGGAGGUAUUCCAGCUAAAAGCCAUAAAGGAGAAAAGCUGCUUCUAUUUAUGGGUAUUAUUGAUAUUCUCCAGUCUUAUAGGUUAAUGAAGAAGCUGGAACAUUCUUGGAAAGCUCUUGUUUAUGAUGGGGAUACUGUUUCAGUUCACCGACCAAGUUUUUAUGCAGACAGAUUUUUAAAGUUUAUGAGUACAAGAGUUUUCAAGAAAGUUCAAGCUUUAAAGUCUUCACCUUCAAAGAAACGGUGCAAUUCCAUCACAGCCCUAAAGGCAACAUCACAAGAAAUAGUGUGUGCGGUUAGCCAGGAGUGGAAGGAUGAAAAGCAUGGCAUUCUUGCUGAAGGACAAAGCUACGCCAGCCUUGAUGAAGAAGUACUAGGGUCACGCCACCGGCCGGAUCUAGUGCCGAGCACUCCAUCUCUGUUUGAAGCGGCUUCCUUGGCAACCACAAUUUCUUCUUCUUCCUUGAAUGUAGAUGACCAUUAUCAAUGUGAUCAACCCAUGCUCUAUUCUAGCAGUAAAGGGUUGCCUUCGAGUUCAACAUUCACUUUAGAAGACAGUGCCAUCUAUUUGACUUCAGAACAGAGCACACUGGAAAUGGAAAAUGAUAAUGCUUCAGUUUUGGAUGUCUACUUAUAACAAAGAAUACACGAAGAGUAAAACUAAGAGAAGUGACCGUGGUUAAAGAAGAGCACUUUCUGCACUCCUGAUUUAAGAAGGAGGAAUUUGCUGAGCCUAAUAGACAAAGAGUCAUAAUCAACUGAACUUAUUCUAAGAACUAUCAGGAUCUUUGAACCAUAGAAAGGAUGAUGGAGUUGGCAAAAAUGACGUGAAACAUUCCACACUGCUAUCAUCUGCUGUUGCUUGCUGAACUGUGAAGAACUGUGUAUUCAGGCUGCUUUCUACUCUAUUGCCGAUCACCUUUUUUGGACUUGAAAGUGAUAUUUUCUUAUCAACUCUCUAGUGGUUUCAUUUGCAUGUGUUCUGUAACUAUGCACAAAGCAAAAUCUAUUAUCUGCUUUACCUGUUUAAAAAUAAGCACAGUGGUGAAUAAAAUAAAUUUAAUUUGUUUUGACCCUUCCAUUCUAAUCACUUAGGUCCAUGUCAGUGGAAAUUGGAAUUUGUCAUACAAGGGUUAGGGUAAACCUCUGCACAUACUAUAUGAAAAUGAGCCUCUAAAGAUAUUUUCACUGUUAGUGAAAAGGAGAAAAAAAAAAAAAAAAGCUAUUUAUAACAAGGCCUUAUGUUGUGUACAUAUAUUGCCUUUGAAAUAUUUUUGAUUUUAGUUUAUUGUAAAAGAGAAAUUAUAUAAUUUAUUUAGUAAAUACUACUGUAAACUAUAGUUUUAUUGAUGAAUAAAAUAUUUUGUUCUCAAGACUA